CAAUCUGGCAAGCCCCAGGCUUAGUGGUGGGCGGAAAAAUUCCGGUGGCUUUUUAAGCACUUCACCUCAGCAAAGUCAACUACUUCAUUCACUUCAAUCGUGCGCAUUUCAAUUGAUGACCCUACUUACUCAAUUAUUCAGUUAAUUGGUAAUUAAAGUGAGGAAAUGGCAGAGCACCCUUCAUUCACUUUAGCCGGCCUACUGGCCGUCGGCGGAACAGCCGGGUUUAUCAGGACACGUUCGACGCCGUCUCUAGUCGCGGGAUUGGGUUUGGGAGCAUCAUAUGCAUAUUCCGGAUACCUCAUAAAAGGGAACAAAGACUACGGCACGGAACUCGCUUUAGGAAACAGUAUAUUCCUACUAGGUUCCGCCGUGCCCCGGGUCAUCAAAACGAAGGGCCGCGCUCCUGUGCCAUUGGGUUUGUUGGCUGCUGGUGCGCUCGCUACGUUUUACUACCAGAAGAAAGUCCGAGAGUUUCGAUUCGGCGUAUGAUUGAUAGUUGGUACUUGUCUUCACGGCUACUGGCGGCAUAAAAAGUUUUCUGGAUGGAUAUAUGAAAAUGACGGCGAUGUGUAUUAUAUGGAACGAAUUGAUAUCCCUACUCGUGCGAAAAGAAUAACAGAAAUGUUACACUUUACUCUUAUCGAAUUGAGGGUUACCUAUAUCAUAUUGUCCGUGGAUAUUCUUUCCUUGAAAACUCCUGGUGGGUUGAUUCUCAAACCCACGUAUCCCGUCGUUCUCAGAGGCAGCUUAUACGGUGUUACAUAAAAAGUCCGUUCCGCUACCCUCACAAAAGUCCGACGAGUUACCCCUGAGAACAACCACUAAUGCAUGACUGCUAAGGGCUAGAGCAGUCCCCGUAUAGCCUAUCUCACUUACAUAUAUUGGUAGGCUAGGCAGGUACCUAGAAAAUUACGCGGAUGAC